AUGCAUAAAAUAUAUUGGCAUCGUUUAUUACUUCCAUCAUUAAUCCUAACAAUUUUGCCAUUGGUUUUUCUUGUUUUUACUACUAAAUGUCAGACUAAACAAGGAAAUACUAUUUCAGUUCCUUAUGAUCAACAAAAAAACUUUUUUGACUUAUCACAAACAGUUUCUAUUCAGUCAUUCUCAGUUCCAUCACGUUAUCUAGUAAUACCUUAUCAAGAAUUUGUUACACGUACAUCUAUGGCUUGUCGAGCGUUUAAACUUGAUAAUCCAGGAAAACAUGUAACUAAGUUUCAUCCAAAAUAUUCAAAAUAUUUACGUGGUCGAUUUCCUUAUGUUUUACCAUAUACAAAUAUAACAUAUGAUAAUAUAGAAAAUUUCUAUACAAAAAUUUUAGUCAAUAAGAAAAAGGAUACUAAAAUAAUAAAAACAUCAUUUGCAAAUAAUAUUACAUUUGAAAAUAUACCUUACAUAUUUCAAGAUGGUAUGUGGUAUCCUGUUGGAAUUAAAUCAAUUCAACGUACAGCUAUAUUAGUACCAUUACAAGACCGAGAAUAUAAUGCUAAGACAUUUUUAUUAAAUAUGCAUGCGUUUGCUAGACGACAACAACUUACAUAUACAAUAAUACUUAUUGAACAGGCUUCUCCACUCGGCUAUCGAUUUAAUAAAGGUCGAUUAUAUAAUACUGCUAUUAAUUAUCUUGAAAAACAAUCUCUAAAUAUAACAUGUUUGGUAUUGCAUGAUGUUGAUUUAAUACCUGAAGAUGAUGGAAAUUUUUAUACAUGUGAAACAAAAUAUCCAAAACAUACAACAUCACGUGUUCGACAACUUAAUAGUAAACGAGGUUAUCAACGAUAUUAUGAAUUUUUAAUUGGUGGCGUUCUUUUAUUAACAUUUGAUAUGUAUAAAACAUUUAAUGGAUUUUCAAAUUUAUAUUGGGGUUGGGGUGGAGAAGAUGAUGAUUUAGCAUUAAGACUUAUUCAACGGCGAAUGUGUGUCGUUAGACCAACAUAUGAAUUAGCUAUUUACAUUGGAUUACCUCAUCCACGUGGUCUACGAAAUAAUGCUCGUUUUUCUUUAUUAACAUGGACAACUCUUCGUCUUGAUACUGAUGGUUAUGCACAAAUUGAAUCAUUAACACGCAUUAUUAAUAUACGUCAAACAUUAAUUGCUACUCAUUUGAAAUUAGAUGUAAAUGCUGAUCGAAGUCUUAAUGUAGGAGCUUCCAUGUCAAACAUAUCUUCUUCCUUAAACAUAAUCAAUGGUAAUGUGACUUCAACAAUUAAAACUAUUAGAAGGACUACAACAAUAAAAGAAUCGUAG